UUGAAAAAGAAAAAGGAAAAGGGCAAGUCUUUAAUCACAGCCCCCAAAGUUAGAUUGUGUAAAACCUGCAAAUGUAAAACCCAAACUGACAUACUUUCAAUAAUUGAAGCCAAGGUGAAAUAAUAAGUGGCAACACCACUUGUACCGUAUUCCACUACCGCACUUUAUAAUUCCCAAUUGGUAAAGAAAACCGCCGGAGCAAAACAGUCCCGCCGGCGCCUGGAAUGGCUACCGGAGGAGGAGGAGGAGGAGCGUCGUCAAAGCUCAAGAAAGCUGCCAAAAAGAUCCUAGUUCAAACCUGUGGCUCCUUCUCCCGGAGACACCGCACCCCUGUUCUUGACUCCGCCGCCGCCGCCGCCGAUACUGCGUUUCCUGAUUCUCCGAUCAUCGCAGAACUCACAAGCAAUUCUUGCCAAAUUAAACCGUCGUACCAAUUAGAUUCCACCGCUAAAUCCGCUUCUAAUAAGAAUCUUUGCGCUAUAUGCCUUGAUCCAUUGAAUUACGGCUCGAGCAGCAGCCCGGCCCAGGCUAUCUUCACCGCACAGUGUUCUCACGCUUUCCAUUUCGAUUGCAUAUCUUCGAACAUCCGACAUGGCAGUGUUACCUGUCCCAUAUGCCGUUCGCUUUGGACCCAACUACCUCGCAACCUACACACCCAUUGUUCUUUGCAUCGGAAUCAGGCUGAUCCUAUACUACAGAUCUUGGAUGACUCGAUUGCCACUUUUAGGGUGCAUAGGCGCUCGUUUCUACGCUCUGCUCGCUAUGAUGAUGAUGAUCCAAUUGAACCUGACCGCUCGACAGAUCUUCCCAGACUCCAUUUCUCUUUAAUGCCUGUUCCUUUGGUUCACUCUAGCUAUAAUCUGUGCUCGAAUCAGAAACCGGGGGCUAGGUUGUGCCAUGAAUCGCAACAUUAUUCUAGUCCGUCGUUAUUGCUAGAAUCUCCUGUGGCUGGGCGGAACCUUAUGCUGUACAAUUCAAUCUCCGCUAAUCGGGCAUAUCUUUCCAUAACAUUAGCUCAUCACCCCGCUACGGAUUUGGUCUUAGUUGCUAGCCCAAAUGGCCCGCACCUAAGGCUUAUGAAGCAAGCAAUGGCGUUAGUGGUAUUUGCUCUACGACCGAUGGACCGGUUGGCUAUCGUCACGUAUUCUUCUGCUGCAGCUCGCAUCUUCCCUCUCAAACGCAUGACAUCUUAUGGGAAACGGACAGCAUUACAAGUCAUUGAUCGGCUUUUCUAUAUGGGGCAAGCGGAUCCGGUUGAAGGGCUCAGGAAAGGGGUGAAAAUACUUCAAGACCGUACAUACCAAAACCCGCACUCUUUUAUGCUACAUUUGUCCGACAGCCCGACAAGAUCUUACCAUCCAUUUGACGCUGAGCUGCCAAUUACAACCCACAAAUUUCACGUCGGGUUAGGGUUUGGAACCUCGAACGGGUUCGUCAUGCGUGAAUUCGAAGGGUUUCUUGCGAGAAUCCUUGGUGGUACAGUCAGGGAAGUCCAGCUGAGGAUCGGGGAGGACUCGAGGACUGUGAGGCUUGGGGAGCUGAGAGCCGGGGAGGAGAGGAGAGUUCCGUUGAUUCUCGGGGAGUCUGGGCAGGUUCAUGUAGAGUACAGCUACGAGGAUGCCAUGUUCGACGAUUCUGUUAAAACGGGAGAGGUAGCAGUGGGGAUUGACGAUAAAAGAGAUAGCAGCGAAAGCAGCAUUGACAGUGUCCCUGUCCCGAGCAUCCUGGGAAGACCUAGCAGCGUCGAAACAUGGGAAUAUCAUGACCCUUUCAUGGCAAGACGAUGGGCAAAACAUUUACAUGGCUAUCGGGGAUGAAGCACAUGUUGUCUUGUAGUACAUAGGCGCAUCUUGCUGACCAAUUCCUCGAUCGGUUUAUUCUGAAACGCUAUCCUAGGAGAUUGUUACAAAUUGUAGUGGUUUUUUUUGGCCUAAGGCCAUCUGAGUGAUCUUGUAUAGGACAUCUUCAUCUGCAUGCAAUGCCCUUAGUUUCAUUCAGAUUUUCUUGGAAUUUAUUUACAGAAGGAUCAGAUGCUAAAAGUUAUUGGCAUGAUUGUUUUCAGAAUAGGAAAAGACCACAAAUGUAAUUGGAGGUAGCUAGGCUAAAUGAGUAAUGUGUUGGAUCAAAUUAAUAUUGAUUGAGUUGUAUUAGUUUGUUUUUUUUUCAUUCCUUU